AGACCAACCAUUCCGAAACGAAACGAAACAAAGCGCACAGAGGCCAACGCGCAGCCGCAGGCCGGCGCCCGUGGCGGAGGCAAAACCCUGCGGCGCAUUGUCACCGGACCUUCCGAUUCGGCCCGAGCCGAGCUCGGAUCCGCCCAAUCUCUCCGGCGGCGGGCUCGAUCUGGAACGGCCCCCCCGCGCGCCGGUGCGGGCGGCGAGGAAUGGGGAGCGUGGACGGCGAGGUCGAGGCGAUCCACGCAGCUAAUCAACGUGCGGAUGUGGUUGAAUGGCUCAAUUCCUUACUCCCGGAAUUUAGUUUGCCAUCGGAUUCGUCCGAUGAAGAGCUGCGAGAGCUGCUCAGUGACGGCACGGUCCUGUGCCAUACUGUGAACACACUCAUCCCCGGUGUUCUCGAGGGGUCGUGGGGCGGUCAUGCAUCGUCCGAUCAGAGGUCAGGCAAUGUGAAGAAGUUCCUCUCAGUGGUUGCUGAUAUGGGGCUGCCAGGUUUCAGUGUGAAAGAUCUUGAUGAGGGAUCAAUGUCUUCGGUAGUGGAAUGUCUCUUGGUUUUGAGGGACAGUGUGGAUCCUAGAUUAGGUGGUGGUACUCGACCGGAUGUUGACAGGAUUCCUUUAAGAAAGCAAUGGGGAGUUCCGGAAAUGGACAUGCCUCAAGUUCCUGGUGCAGCACAAGGGAAGAGAUCCCCUGGAGAGGACAGAAUAAAUGGUGUUCCACAUCCCAAGGCCCAGCAUAAAACUUCUGUCUUUUCUGGACAAAAGUUUCACGAAGUUUUCCAAUUAAAACGUGGAUCCUAUUCUGAUCUUCCAGCUGCCAAGAUUUCAGAGAUGAUGCAUUCUAACAGCUUGGAUAAUGCACCAACUCAGUCACUUAUUAGUGUUGUUAAUGGCAUUUUGGAUGAAAGCAUAGAGAGGAAAAAGGGAGAAAUACCACAUCGUGUAGUUUACUUACUGAGAAAAGUCGUUCAAGAGAUUGAGCGUCGUCUCUGUAUUCAAGCAGAACACAUAAGAAGUCAAAAUAUUAUCAUCAAGACAAGAGAAGAGAAGUACCGUUCAAAAAUUAAAGCACUUGAAAUAUUAGUAAAUGGCACAAAUGAAGAAAAUCAGAUGGCAAUAAACAGGCUUCAGAUAAUCAAGGAUGAGAAGUCAAAAAUUGAAGAGAGAAGAAAACUUGGUGAGCAAGAUGUUGUUCGGUUAAUGAAAGAGAAAGAACAUUCUGAAAACAUUAUAAGUAGCCUCAAGAAAGAAAUGGAAGACACAAAUAGAAUGCAUGAACACAAGCUUGAGCAAAUCGAAAGGAAGGCAAAGCAAAUGGAGGAACAAUUAACUACCAAAGUUAAGGAAGUUGAGUAUCUUUUACUGCAAUCAAACAAGAAAAUUGAAGAAGUUGAGGCUGUUUCCGAGCUAAAAUCACAAUUGUGGAACAAGAAGGAGAACAUUUUUCAGAGUUAUAUGGAUAAUCAACAACUGCAUGUCAAGGACAUAAGGUUAUCAUCACGAUCAAUAAAAAAUGACAUGUAUACCCUUCAAUUGAAGUGGAGAGAUGAGAUGUCCAAUUUAGGAUCUGGUUUGAAAUGUUUAGUUGAUGCCGCUGAAAAUUAUCACAAAGUUCUGGCUGAGAAUCAGAAGUUGUUCAAUGAAGUGCAAGAAUUAAAAGGCAAUAUAAGGGUAUAUUGUCGUGUAAGACCAUUUCUUGCGGGUCAAGACAAAAAAUCUACCACAGUUGACUACAUUGGUGAAAAUGGUGAACUUCUUAUUUCAAAUCCAUUUAAGCAAGGAAAGGAUGGACAUCGGAUGUUCAAGUUUAACAAAGUGUUUAGUCCAAUGUCUUCUCAAGCUGAGGUUUUCUCAGACAUACAACCAUUGAUUCGAUCAGUUCUUGAUGGAUUCAGCGUGUGUAUUUUUGCAUAUGGCCAGACGGGUUCUGGCAAAACUUACACUAUGAGUGGACCUAGCACAUCGAAGCAAGAUUGGGGUGUCAAUUAUCGAGCUUUGAAUGAUCUGUUUGAUAUUUCACUAAGUAGGAGAAAUGCCUUCUCGUACGAGGUAGGAGUACAGAUGGUUGAGAUAUACAAUGAACAAGUGCGAGAUCUUUUGUCCAACGAUAUUGCACAGAAACGACUUGGAAUUUGGAGCACUUCUCAGCCUAAUGGGCUUGUUGUCCCAGACGCAAGCUUGCACCCAGUUAAAUCGACAUCAGAUGUAUUAGACUUGAUGGAAAUUGGGCAAGCAAAUAGAGCAGUUGGUUCAACUGCUCUAAAUGAAAGGAGUAGUCGGUCCCACAGCAUUUUGACUGUACAUAUUCGAGGGCUGGAUUUGAAGAAUGGAUCCACCUCUAGGGGUUGUCUACAUCUCAUUGAUCUUGCUGGGAGUGAAAGGGUUGAGCGGUCUGAAGCAACUGGGGAUAGAUUAAAAGAGGCUCAACACAUAAACAAAUCACUCUCUGCUUUAGGUGAUGUGAUUUUUGCUUUGGCACAGAAAAAUGCCCAUGUGCCAUAUAGAAACAGCAAGCUAACACAAGUUCUUCAAAGUUCUUUAGGUGGACAGGCAAAGACACUAAUGUUUGUUCAAAUAAAUCCCGACGUUGAGUCAUAUUCAGAAACUAUAAGCACUUUAAAGUUUGCUGAAAGGGUGUCUGGAGUAGAGUUAGGUGCUGCGAGAAGUAACAAAGAGGGAAAGGAUAUAAAGGAGCUGUUGGAACAGGUUGCAUCUUUGAAAGAUACGAUUUCACGCAAAGAUAUGGAAAUCGAGCAGCUCCAACUCAUCAAAGACAAAGUCAAAUGCCCAAAUUUUUCGUUUGAAAGAAAUGGGGCUACCUUGACAAAGAACAUAGUAAACCAACCAAGCCAACUAUUAUCGAGUGAAAGAAUGCUCAAGUCUACUGAUAGAGUUCUAUCAGAUCCGCAGAGUUAUGCUGAGGUGAAUGGAGAUUCUGAUCAUAAUUCGCCCACUGACAUUGCACCUGUGGGCUUGGAUGAAGCAGAAUAUGAAGACAAUGCAUCUGAUGAUGGUUUAUCUAUGGGUGAAACUGAGAUGACAACGGAACGGAUGCAUAGAGUUCCAUCGAGAAUAACCAGAUUCACUCUCACAAAGAAUGGGCAGCCAGCAAUGUCCAGAUCAAAACCAAGGGAUGCUGUUUUCAAGACUCCAAGUCAUACAAAAGCUCCAUCGAGCCAGUCAACAGGAGGCUCUUCAGUCAGGGGCUCUAAAAGAUGGCAGUAGAAGAGCACGAUUCCGUUUGCUUUUUUGUAUCUUGUAUGUCCAUUGCAAUCCAAGAAAUGUGAAUUUGUGAGGUAGCUGUAGGAUUGAUGUAUGAUUGUAACUCUAGAAAUGCUGAAUAUUUCGUUGGUAGAAGAUGUGUAGUCCUCAUUUGAUCUUUUGUUUAUUUAGAUCAAACAUCAUGCAAUACCUUUUUGCUGUGAAAUGUUCUGGCUUGUGACCGUUUGGAGGGAUCGGUGCACCUUCAAAGUUGUACAUCGCUACACCACCUAUUUGUUACAAUGAAUUUUCCAC